GGACAUGCGGCUCUGGAGUUGGGUGCUGCGCCUGGGGCUGCUGAGCGCCGCGCUGGGCUGCGGGCUGGCCGAGCGCCCCCGCCGGGCCCGGAGAGACCCGCGGGCCGGCCGCCCCCCGCGCCCCGCCGCCGGCCCGGCCACCUGCGCCACCCGGGCGGCCCGCGGCCGCCGCGCCUCGCCGCCGCCGCCGCCGCCGCCGCCGCCGGGCGGUGCCUGGGAAGCCGUGCGCGUCCCCCGGCGGCGGCAGCAGCGGGAGGCGAGGGGCGCCGCCGAGGAGCCGAGCCCGCCGAGCCGGGCGCUCUAUUUCAGCGGGCGCGGCGAGCAGCUGCGCCUCCGGGCCGACCUCGAGCUGCCCCGGGACGCGUUCACGCUGCAAGUGUGGCUGCGAGCGGAGGGGGGCCAGAGGUCCCCGGCGGUGAUCACAGGGCUGUAUGACAAAUGCUCUUACACCUCACGAGACCGAGGAUGGGUCGUGGGCAUUCACACUGUCAGUGAUCAAGGCAACAGAGACCCACGCUACUUUUUCUCCUUGAAGACAGACCGGGCCCGGCAAGUGACCACCAUCAAUGCCCACCGCAGCUACCUCCCAGGCCAGUGGGUAUACUUAGCUGCCACCUAUGACGGUCGGCUGAUGAAGCUCUAUGUGAACGGUGCCCAGGUGGCAACCUCUGCGCAGCAAGUGGGUGGCAUAUUCAGCCCGCUGACCCAGAAGUGUAAAGUGCUCAUGUUGGGAGGCAGUGCUCUGAACCACAACUUCAGGGGCUACAUUGAACACUUCAGUCUGUGGAAGGUGGCCAGGACUCAGCAGGAGAUACUGUCCGACAUGGAAACCCAUGGCCUCCACACCCCUCUACCUCAGCUCCUCCUCCAGGAGAACUGGGACAAUGUGAAGCGCACUUGGUCCCCCAUGAAGGACGGUCACAGCCCCCGAGUGGAAUUCAGCAGUGCUCAUGGCUUCCUGCUGGAUACGAGUUUGGAGCCCCCUCUGUGCGGGCAGACGCUGUGUGACAACACGGAGGUCAUCGCCAGCUACAACCAGCUCCCGACUUUCCGCAGGCCCAAGGUGGUGCGCUACCGCGUGGUCAACCUGUACGACGAUGACCAUAAGAACCCCAUGGUGAGCCGCCAGCAGGUGGACUUCCAGCACCAGCAGCUGGCCGAGGCCUUCAAACACUACAACAUCUCCUGGGAGUUGGAGGUGCUGGAGGUGAACAAGUCCUCUCUGCGCCAGCGCCUCAUCUUGGCCAACUGUGACAUCAGCAAGAUCGGGGAUGAGAACUGUGACCCCGAGUGCAACCACUCGCUGACUGGCCAUGACGGCGGGGAUUGCCGCCACCUGCGCUACCCCGCCUUCAUGAAGAAGCAGCAGAAUGGUGUGUGUGACAUGGACUGCAACUAUGAACGGUUCAACUUCGAUGGCGGGGAGUGCUGUGACCCCGAAAUCACUGAUGUCACCAAGACGUGCUUUGAUCCCGACUCUCCGCACAGAGCCUACUUGGAUGUUAAUGAGCUGAAGAACAUUCUUCGAUUGGAUGGAUCAACACACCUCAAUAUUUUCUUUGCAAACUCUUCAGAGGAGGAGUUGGCGGGAGUAGCAACAUGGCCAUGGGAUAAGGAGGCCCUCAUGCACUUAGGUGGCAUUGUCUUGAACCCUUCUUUCUACGGCAUUCCUGGGCACACCCACACCAUGAUCCACGAGAUYGGGCACAGCCUGGGCCUCUAUCACAUCUUCCGAGGCAUCUCAGAGAUCCAGUCCUGCAGCGACCCCUGCAUGGAGACAGAGCCCUCUUUUGAGACCGGAGACCUCUGCAAUGACACCAACCCAGCCCCCAAACACAAGUUUUGUGGCGACCCAGGACCAGGAAAUGACACCUGUGGCUUUCAUAGCUUUUUCAACACUCCUUUCAACAACUUCAUGAGCUAUGCAGAUGACGACUGUACAGACUCCUUCACGCCCAAUCAAGUCGCCAGAAUGCACUGUUACCUGGACUUGGUGUACCAGAGCUGGCAGCCCUCCAGAAAGCCGGCGCCCGUCGCUCUCGCUCCCCAGGUCGUGGGCCACACCAUGGACUCYGUGACGCUGGAGUGGUUCCCACCCAUCGAUGGCCACUUCUUUGAAAGAGAAUUGGGAUCAGCAUGUGACCUUUGCCUGGAAGGGAGGAUCCUGGUGCAGUAUGCCUUCAACGCCUCCUCUCCAAUGCCCUGUGGCCCAUCAGGACACUGGAGCCCUCGGGAAGCCGAAGGUCAUCCAGAUGUGGAACAGCCCUGUAAGUCCAGCGUCCGCACCUGGAGCCCCAAUUCAGCUGUCAACCCACACACAGUCCCUCCAGCCUGCCCUGAGCCACAAGGCUGCUACCUCGAGCUGGAAUUCCGGUACCCCGUAGUCCCCGAGUCUCUGGCUAUCUGGGUGACCUUUGUCUCCACUGACUGGGACUCUAGUGGCGCUGUCAAUGACAUCAAAUUGUUGACUGUCAGUGGAGCCAACAUUUCCCUGGGCCCUCAGAAUGUUUUCUGUGACAUUCCACUGACCAUCAGACUCCAGGAUGUGGGCGAGGAGGUGUAUGGCAUCCAGAUCUACACACUGGAUGAACAUCUGGAGAUCGAUGCUGCCAUGUUGACCUCCGUUGCAGACAGCCCACUCUGCCUGGAGUGCAAGCCUCUGCAGUAUAAAGUGGUCCGAGACCCUCCUCUCCAGGAUGACGUGGCAUCUCUCYUACACCUCAAUAGAAGAUUCAAAGACAUGGAUCUAGAACUUGGCAAUAUGUACCAGUACCGGGUUAUCACCAUUUCAGGAACUGAAGAAAGUGAGCCAUCACCUGCURCCAUAUACAUCCAUGGGAGUGGAUACUGUGGUGAUGGCAUUAUCCAGAAAGACCAAGGUGAAGAAUGUGACGAUAUGAAUAAGAUCAAUGGUGACGGCUGCUCCCUGUUCUGCCAGCAAGAAAUCUCCUUCAAUUGCAUUGAUGAACCCAGCCGGUGCUAUUUCCAUGAUGGGGACGGGGUAUGUGAAGAGUUUGAACAAAAGACUAGCAUUAAAGACUGUGGCGUCUACACACCUCAGGGGUUCCUGGAUCAGUGGGCAUCCAAUGCUUCAGUGUCUCAUCAGGACCAACAGUGCCCAGGCUGGGUUGUCAUCGGACAGCCAGCAGCAUCCCAGGUGUGCCGAACCAAAGUGAUCGAUCUCAGUGAGGGAAUCUCCCAGCAUGCCUGGUACCCUUGCACCAUCAGCUAUCCUUACUCCCAGCUGGCUCAGACCACUUUCUGGUUGCAGGCAUAUUACUCUCAGCCAAUGGUUGCUGCAGCUGUCAUUGUUCACCUGGUGACCGAUGGAACAUAUUAUGGGGACCAAAAACAAGAGACCAUCAGCGUGCAGCUGCUUGAUACCAAAGAUCAGAGCCACGAUCUAGGCCUCCAUGUCCUGAGCUGCAGGAACAAUCCCCUGAUUAUCCCUGUGGUCCAUGACCUCAGCCAGCCCUUCUACCACAGCCAGGCUGUACGUGUGAGCUUCAGUUCGCCCCUGGUCGCCAUCUCGGGGGUGGCCCUCCGCUCCUUCGACAACUUUGACCCCGUCACCCUGAGCAGCUGCCAGAGAGGGGAGACCUACAGCCCUGCGGAGCAGAGCUGUGUGCACUUCGCCUGUGAGGCCACCGACUGCCCAGAGCUGGCCGUGGAGAAUGCUUUUCUCAAUUGCUCCAGCAGCGACCGCUACCAUGGCGCCCAGUGCACUGUGAGCUGCCGGACAGGCUACGUGCUCCAGAUACAGCGGGACGAUGAACUGAUCAAGAGCCAGGUGGGACCCAGCGUCACGGUGACCUGCACAGAGGGAAAGUGGAGCAAGCAGGUGGUGUGUGAGCCCAUGGACUGCGGCGCCCCAGACCACCACCACGUCUAUGCCGCUUCCUUCUCCUGUCCUGAGGGCACCACCUUUGGCAGCAGAUGCUCCUUUCAGUGCCGUCACCCUGCUCAGCUGAAAGGCAACAACAGCUUCCUGACCUGUAUGGAGGAUGGGCUGUGGUCCUUCCCAGAGGCCCUGUGUGAGCUCAUGUGCCUGGCUCCACCCCCGGUGCCCAACGCAGACCUCCAGACGGCCCGGUGCCGAGAGAACAAGCACAAAGUGGGCUCCUUCUGCAAGUACAAGUGUAAACCAGGAUACCACGUGCCCGGCUCCUCUCGGAAGUCAAAGAAACGGGCCUUCAAGACUCAGUGUACCCAGGAUGGCAGCUGGCAGGAGAGCGCUUGUGUUCCUGUGACCUGUGACCCGCCUCCACCCAAAUUCCAUGGGCUUUACCAGUGCACCCAUGGCUUCCAGUUCAACAGCGAGUGUAGGAUCAAGUGCGAAGACAGCGACGCCUCCCAGGGACGCGGGAGUAACAUCAUCCACUGCCGGAAAGAUGGCACCUGGAGUGGUUCCUUCCAUGUCUGCCAGGAGAUGCAAGGCCAGUGCUCAGCCCCGACCCAGCUCAACAGCAACCUCAAACUGCAGUGCCCCGACGGCUACGCCAUAGGGUCAGAGUGUGCCACCUCGUGCCUGGACCACAACAGCGAGUCCAUCAUCCUGCCCACGAACGUGACUGUGCGUGACAUCCCCCACUGGCUGAACCCCACACGAGUGGAGAGAGUCGUCUGCACGGCUGGUCUCAAGUGGUAUCCUCAUCCUGCUCUGAUUCACUGUGUCAAAGGCUGUGAGCCCUUCAUGGGAGACAAUUACUGUGAUGCCAUCAACAACCGAGCCUUCUGCAACUAUGAUGGUGGGGAUUGCUGCACCUCCACGGUGAAGACCAAAAAGGUCACCCCUUUCCCUAUGUCCUGUGACCUACAAGGUGACUGUGCUUGUCGGGACCCUGAGGCCCAAGAACACAGCCGGAAAGAUCUUCGGGGAUACAGUCACGGCUAAGGAAGGACAGGAGUUUUCAAAGAAUUCCCAACGCCAAGACCUACAUCCCUUUGGUAUUGAUUUCACAGUCCGCUGCUCAAUGGAAUGGCCUCUCCACACCAGGGAUCCUUAGCACCCAACCGGUCUGCCUUUAAUUUCACCCAGGAAGGACUCAGAGUGGGGCAAAUGAACCAAGUCUCGCCAUGUUGAAUGAUGGAAUGGAAUCCCAUCCCAAAAUCUGAGAUGGAUGGCAUAUGCAGUGUGCAGUCCCAGAGCCUCCUAAAAUUCUAACCAUUUGUCACAUGACCACAGCAAAAAACAUGUUCUGUAUCUAGGAGUAUGCAUAUCUGUGGUUAGAACACAUGCAUGCAUACACACCCAUACAAACAUCUGUGUGAGGACAGCUCUGGAGACUGAGCAGAAAGAGACUGGAACAAACUCAAUCUUUCCUUUCCCAAGCUCCUAGCCAACACUAUCCUUGGGAGAAAGAGAGUUACAGAAACUGCUAAGACCAAGUACUGAGAUGCCAAGAUUGCUCACAUCCCGGGGCUCAGAAUAUGUACGGCAUGCACAAUUGUGCAGUCCUUUGGGAUUAGAAGUGAAAUGAUCCGUGAUCACCCACCUUCUAGGGAACUAGGGCCUAGGAAAAGGUAAAGAUUCCAAGGUAUGCUAAGCCCCCCACCCAAUUAUUCUGCUGCCAUGGGGAUUUUACCCCAACUCAAGGGUUCGAGGCCAAGCUGGAAAUGGCUUAGGACUGCAAAGUCAAGGUAUUAUACCAGCCCCCUGCUUGAGGCUUGAGGUCAUAAGAUCCCUCCACAUCCCACCAGUUUCCCAGAUCUUGCCUUGGGACCACAUUUGCUGCUACUUUUCCUGCUGCUCUAUCUUAUACAUUAAGUACCCCAAGAUGGUAGAACUAGGUUAGGAAAAACCCCACACAACCAAGCAGUCUGCCUUAAAAAUGACCCAUAUUUCCCACAGUUCCUCACUUAGCCCUUCUACAAAAGAGAAAAAAAAAAAAACCCUCAUGGGCCCACAUGGUGAGAAGUUAAGAACCCUAUGGGUGGGUCUCUUAUCCUGGAAGGGAAUUGAGGGACCUCAGAUGCUGGAGCCCUUCCCGAGAGUCCAGAACGUCUAAGCCAGUGUUAGAUUUUGUAAUCAAGUGGAACAGUGUUAAGCUUCUGGGAUGUCGGAGCCAUCCAGAGACUAGGAAUUGUCAGGACUGAUGGAUUCUUAUGUGUCUCCUCGUCUUCCUAGCCCUCCAGGCCCGAGUCAGCAUUGAGUCUGAGACCCUGACUCUUGUUCUGAGUAGUUAGAAUUCUGGAACAGAGAAUCCCCUUGGAUGUGAUCAGUGGAACUGAGUUCUACAGGGAAAACAGAGGGAAGCCCAAAAGAUCACAGCCUUGGUAACCAAUGUGGUCAUCAGGUUUUCCAUAUAAUUUUCCAGCCACCAGGACUCCUUUCCACACCUGUGAAUGGACCACCCCUCCCUCUCUUCCAUGUUCAGCUUCCAAAAGUCAAGAGGAAAUCAGCCAAUGGAACAUGGAACUCUCCACCUCUAUUAGGGCCUCUUUACCUCUUUCUAGUCAGUUGCCUGUCCGUGCCCUUUGAAUUAAUAUGGGAAGACACUCAUACAGGAUGAAAUGGAGACAGUUGUUAAACCUGACAUAUUUUUUGAAACCUGGAGCUGGGAUGUAAGGAGAUGGGAGGGUUUAAACUAAUUAUAUCCAUAGAGAUCGCUGUAAAUCAAGUGAUCUCGAGUCAAGUGAAGACAACCAACAAAAGCAAAGUCUAGGACAGAAAUGGAAAACACCGGCACAUGUGCAGCCCCUCCUAAUUCCUGCUUCCAAGGCAGGCAUGAUUAAUCCAUCAU